AUGAUGGCGAGUCUGAUGCGGCGGUCUCCCAUCCGCUGCCAAGCCCUGGCAGACACGGUGAUGGCUCAGAGAGGCUUGUCGAUGACGUCGAGAGAGCUCGCGGCAUCGCGGCAGUGCGGAGACAUACCUACGGAGACGCUGUCGCUGGACGAUGACUUCGUCGUAAUUAACAAGCCAGCAGAUGUGCGUAUGGAUGGGAACUUCGACGUAGCCGUGGACAAGCUCAUCAGAUACUGGUGCCCCACCCUGGAAGACAAGGAGCUCAAAUGGGUGCACCAGUUGGACUUCGCGACAUCAGGGGUGUUGUGCGUAGCGCUCCACCGAGAAGCGGCGGCACGUGGCUGCGAGGCGUUCCGAGAGCGGCGGGCGAAAAAGUCGUACCUGGCGGUGGUCCAGGGAGCAGUCGACCCGGAAUCCGUCCCCCGGCGGGAGGAGGAGCCGGAGGGGUGGGGGGAGGGGAGGGAUGGCAACGGUGGCGGGGGCGGGGGCGGGCGGAAGCGAAGGCCGGACUCGGUGCAGCACACUCCGGCCCACGGAUUCUUCCAGCGGAAAAAGGACCUUCUCCUGAGGGCCAUCGAGCUCGGCGAAACCUUGUCCCCGGAAGACCUGGCCUUCUCGAAGCUGAGCUGGGGGGACAUCAAGUUCGACAAGGCUGCCUCGCGGCCGUUCCACUCCGCCGCAAAGGCUGACAAGAUUCGCGCCGUUGCGGAGGCGGAGGCGGCGAGAUUCCAGACGGCCCAGGGCGCACCGGACCGAGGAGUGUUCCGCGCGCCCGGUGAUGGCGAGGGGGAGCUUCGGGUUGAUGCGUCCGUGUCCGAGGUGCCGGGCGACUUCCGCAUGCGGUUGGACGAAGAGGCCGGGGGGAAGGGUAAGCCGUCGAGGACUUUCGUAAAGGUGCUUGAGCACGGGUCGUACCGGGGACGAUCGGUGACGAAGGUCUUGAUGAGGCCGCAUACCGGGCGGCGACACCAGCUUCGGCUUCACGCCUUGCACAUGGGGCACCCUAUCCUUGGCGACACCACCUACGGGGACGCCGACCACACCAUCCCCAGAAUGUGCCUGCACGCGCAGUCUUUGACGCUGCGGCUCGCUCCCCCUUCCGACGCCGCUUGUUCUGACACUGAGGCGCUGGCGAAACAAGAGAGUGGAGGAGGUGUUGCUGAGUCCGCAGCGGCGGCGGCGGCGGCGGUGUCGACGGAAGGAGCGAGUUCCCAGGGAGGGGGGGGUGGGGGUCGCGGCAAGCGGUACUGGGGCCGGCAGGAGGUGCAGCCGGCGAGAGUAGCGGGCGGGAAGCAGGAGGUGAUCUUGGACGUUGUUGCGCCCGACCCGUUCGUGUUCGUCGACGGAGAGCUGCAGUUGUAG